CCUGCGCAAUGGGGAUUCCGGCGUCGACUCACGAAGUCCUUCGGAUGAGAGCUUCUGCGUGCCAGACGAGGCCAGGGCCUUGCCCUCCCAAGACACUGUUCUUCAAGAGAGAGACCAGAAGAGAAGGCAAAAAUGAAUGUUGAAGUAUUAAAAGUCAUAUCCCAGGACUUGGUGACAUUCAAGGAUGUAGCAAUAGAUUUUUCCCAGGAAGAAUGGCAAUGGAUGAACCCUGCUCAGAAGCGAUUAUACAGGAGUAUGAUGUUGGAGAACUAUCAGAGCCUGGUAUCACUUGGUCUUUGUGUUUCUAAGCCGUACGUAAUCUCCUUAUUGGAGCAAGGGAGAGAGCCUUGGGAGAUGACAAGUGAGAUGACAAGAAGCCCAUUCUCAGAUUGGGAAUCUAUAUAUGAGACACAGGAAUUGCCUCUGAAGCAGUUCAUUUAUGAUGAUGCAUGCAUGGAGGGAAUUACAAGCUAUGGACUUGAGUGUUCCACUUUUGAAGAAAAUUGGAAAUGGGAAGACCUUUUUGAGAAGCAGAUGGGAAGUCCAGAGAUGUUUAGCCAGCAAGAAACAAUCACUCAUAAAGAAACCCUCACUAAGGAAACAGAAUUCAAAUAUACUAAAUUUGGGAAAUGUAUCCAUCUGGAGAACAUGGAAGAGAGUAUUUAUAAUCACACAUCAGAUAAAAAAUGCUUCUCCAAAAAUUCUAUGGUAAUAAAACGCAAGAAAGUCUGUGCAGGAAAGAAGCUUUUUAAAUGUAAUGAAUGUGACAAAACCUUCACCCAUAGCUCAUCCCUUACUGUUCAUUAUAGAAUUCAUACUGGUGAAAAACCAUAUGAAUGUGAAGAAUGUGGGAAAGCCUUCAAGCAGAGGCAACACCUUGCUCAACAUCACAGAACACAUACUGGAGAGAAACUCUUUGAAUGCAAAGAAUGUAGGAAGGCCUUCAAACAGAGCGAACACCUUAUUCAACAUCAAAGAAUCCAUACUGGAGAAAAACCAUAUAAAUGUAAGGAAUGUAGAAAAGCUUUCAGACAGCCUGCACACCUUGCUCAGCAUCAGAGAAUUCAUACUGGAGAGAAACCUUAUGAAUGUAAAGAAUGCGGCAAAGCCUUCAGUGAUGGCUCAUCUUUUGCUCGACAUCAGAGAUGUCACACUGGCAAAAGACCCUAUGAAUGUAUUGAGUGCGGGAAGGCUUUUAGGUAUAACACAUCUUUUAUUCGUCACUGGAGGAGUUAUCAUACUGGAGAGAAGCCUUUUAAUUGCAUCGAUUGUGGGAAAGCCUUCAGUGUUCACAUAGGACUUAUUCUACAUAGGAGAAUUCAUACAGGAGAGAAACCUUACAAAUGUGAUGUGUGUGGAAAAACCUUCAGCUCUGGUUCAUCCCGUACUGUACAUCAGAGAAUUCACACAGGAGAGAAACCUUAUGAAUGUGAUACUUGUGGGAAAGACUUUAGUCAUCAUGCAUCACUCACUCAGCAUCAAAGAGUACAUUCUGGAGAGAAACCUUAUGAAUGCAAGGAAUGUGGGAAAGCCUUUAGGCAGAAUGUACACCUUGUUAGUCAUUUGAGAAUUCAUACUGGUGAAAAACCCUAUGAAUGUAAAGAAUGUGGAAAAGCUUUUAGAAUCAGUUCACAGCUGGCUACUCAUCAGAGAAUUCAUACUGGAGAGAAGCCUUAUGAAUGUAUUGAAUGUGGAAAUGCUUUCAAACAGAGAUCACACCUUGCCCAACAUCAGAAGACUCAUACAGGAGAGAAACCUUAUGAGUGUAAUGAAUGCGGGAAAGCCUUCAGCCAAACUUCCAAUCUUACUCAACAUCAAAGAAUUCAUACAGGAGAGAAACCCUAUAAAUGUACUGAAUGUGGAAAGGCUUUUAGUGAUAGCUCAUCCUGUGCUCAACAUCAAAGACUUCACACUGGCCAAAGGCCCUAUCAGUGUUUUGAAUGUGGGAAGGCAUUCAGAAGAAAGUUGUCCUUAAUAUAUCACCAAAGAGGUCAUACUGGAAAAGAACCUUAAGAAUGUAGUGCAUGUGGCCAAGCCUUUAGUUAUCAUCAAUUCCUUACUGUUGAUCAGAGAAAUCCCAUUGGUUAAAAAACAUAAAUGUAAGAAAUAAAGAAAAACCCUCAGCCAGAUUGAACACUUUACAUGGAAGAAUUCAUACUACACAGAGGUCUUUAAAAUGUUAAGAAUGUGCAAACGUCUUCAGACAAAAUGCAUACCUUCCUCAUCAGUGAGUUCCUUUCAGGCAUCCAGCUGUUCCUCACCUGCAACAUCACUGGAUCCUGUCGACAUACCUGCUAAAUAUUUUUGGAAUUCAUCCACUCUUUUGGUUCCCUAGUCUGAAACACAGUCAUUUCAUCUGGACUGUUUCAAUCAUCAUACAACCUUUUGUCUUCCCUGGGCCACACUGGAAGAAGAAAAAUUGUCUUGUGCCACACAUAUAAUACACUAACAUUAACAAUAUUUAAUGAGCUAAGAAAAAAAAAGUCUGUGUGUAAUUUUAGUGAUACACCAACACAGAUAACAAAGAAGUCAUUGAAUUCAAGAGUUUGGACACCGAUGAAUUCUAAAACUUUUGUAUCCUCUUUUAUCCCUUUUGCAUUAAUAUUAUAGCCACAGUGAUCUUUCAAAAAUGCAAAUUAAAUUAGUCUCUUAAAACUCUAGUUAAAAUAUUUGAUGCAUAAUAAAUUUCUUAGCAAAAUUAUCAACUAAUACUAAAUGCUUGGUAAAUGUUAGGUAAGUAUUCUUCAGAGUUGAUGUAAAUUAUUUUUAAGCAGUGUACUCUUGAAAGCAGUAGGGCAAUUGUAAAAAUGUUGGAACCAAAACAGUAUCUUUUUUUUAAAACUAAAAAAAAGUUUUUAGAUAGGGUCUUCCUGUGUUACCCAGGCUGGUCUCAAACUCUUGUGCUCAAGUGAUCCUCCCACCUCAUUCCCAAGUAGCUGGGAUUACAGGCAACCAGCCUGACUUAAAAUAGUAUCCUAAGGUAGACAGUGAUGAGCACAUGUAGUGUGCUUAACAUUUAGUAUUAUAAUAAAACAUCACAGUGACACUCUCAUGAUUAAGGCUGUGUUCCAUUGUUGGUGAGGAAACUAAUUAUGACCUGAUACAUAGAACAUGUUUUAAGAAGUGGCUAUAUAGCUCUGGAUAAAAUGAACAAAAGAAUUAGAAUUUCUGGGGAGAAUAUAUGCAAGACUAUAUUUAGUCAAGUUAAAAAAAGUCACUAAUGUUUAAAUGAAGAAAGAGAAAUUAAUAUAGUCCCAUUUCAACAUGUGGGUUCACAGAUUUAUUCUAGUGUUCCAAGGAUCCAUUAGUAAAGUUGUUC